CAGACAAUGUGAAAACACUGCUUAAUUCAGAGUCAGAGUCAGUGGAACUAUCCGUGUCACUGCUCUUAUUGACAGAUGUAAUCAGGUCUUCGACACUUUGUUGUAAGAUACCUUCAUUGAUCCACGUGUCCUGUAUCACUCCUUUCACGUGAUGCACUACCUUAUGUCAGUCUUCCGAUGUCACAAUUUCAACUGCCUCUUUCAAAAGGCGUUCCACUUUGUUUAAUGUGAAUUUCUUAUUUUCUGCAGCAAUAUGCCAUUUAACCUGAGCCCAAAUCAGCUCUAUUGCGUUGAAAUGGCAAUGGUAAGGAGGCAAUCUGAGCACUUUAUGCCCAAAUUUUUUUUGCUACUUCAUCCAAAAUGUAAAUCGGGUUCUUUGGCUUGUGUUGCGAUACAAGUUCCAAUAAUUCUGCCCUUGUCAAAUUAAUGUCAAACUGUACUUUAUGUUUCUGUAACCAGCUAACAAUGUCGUUUUUCCUUGUUGCCUUUGUGGGUGCUUUAUCUUGUAUUACUGAGUGAUAAGGAGCGUUAUCCAUAACCAUGAUAGAGUUUUUGUUAAGUUCUGGAGCACACAGUCUUCAAACCAUUUCACAAAAGUAUUGUGGUUCAUCUCUUUGUGGUAGUCGGAGGUCUUAUUUGAACUGAAUAGCAGCAAACAAUUUGGAAUGAAACCGCUUUUCCUCUGCCGAUCGGAGCUGCCAUACUACCGCUGAUGGUACCAUCUGUCCAGCCUUUUUUUAAACUGUGUCCUGCAUUCACCCACAUUUCAUCAAGCCAAAAUAUAUCAUCAAAAUUUGUCCCCACUAAUUCUCUAAGAAAGUGGCAUCUCCAGGCUGCAAUAUCUUGGUGUUCCAUUAGUAACUUUCUGCCAGAGAUGGAUUUAUAGCGGAUUCCUGACAUUUUCAUGACUCUUAACAAAGACGAUUUGCUACCCUGAAACAGAUCAGCCGCUGUGAGGGUAGCAUGUAGUUUUUUGAGUGUUGGAUACUCCUUCCUCGAAUAAAAUGUGUAUAUUUGACGAUGAAUGGCAUCUUCCUGAAAAGAGUCAAGUUUUGUGACCCUCUUCUCUAGUCACCUCUUUUUCCCAGGUGUCUCCAAUUUAGAUGAUCCACUUGAGCCUUCUUUCAUGAAUUUCUCCUUGCAGAUUCUUAUUACUAAUUGUUCGCUAACUUGCAGAGCAGCUGCAGUUCGCUCCACCACCUUAUCCAAAGGAACGAAGGCUCUCCUGCAUCCAUCCCUCUCUCUCUCUCUAAAUACUCCCUUAAGGAACACACGUAUUCACGCGCCUGACUGCGUAUCACGAUGCCAUGUCCGCCAGUUUUUGGAUGUUUCCGAGGAGUGUGCAGCCUUGACCUCCCUCUCUUGCAACUGCUUUCAUCAGACAUCGUAAACACGUGAAGCUACAAGUCAUUCAAAUCUCUCACCCGCACGUCUACAACGGCUCGCUGAGGACUGGCUGGAACAAUGCCUCAGUCAGCUUAACAGAGCGAAGUGGCAACGCAGUGGCAGCCGACAGCGCCGGCUGCGAUUGGUUUAUUGGUUGCGGGAUCCCUGCAGCCUGUUGCCUGUCAAGUGACAACUAGUUUAAAUAAUAGUAUAGGCUACGUUCAUGGACGAGUCCAGGUAUAGCCUGAACAGUGAUUCUCACCGGAUUUUCAUCGGGCGUGAACCAGGAACCAGAUACCAACCCCUUAGUGUCCUUGAAAGGGACCUGUAUGGAGGUCGUGGUUUGAUGAUGUAGGGGGGAUUAUGAUAGGUGCACGUACACCCCUGCAUGUCUUUGACAGAGGAACUGUAACAGGUCAGGUUUAGCGGGACGUCAUUUUGCACCAGUAUGUCCACCUUUCAGAAGUGCAGUGGGUCCCACCUUCCCCCUGAUGGAUGAUAACACACGGUCCCACCAAGCUGCCACCGUGGAGGAGUACCUUGAAACAGAAGAUAUCAGGUGAAUGGAGUGCCCUGCCUGUUCUCCAGACCUAAACCCCAUCGAGCACGUCUGGGAUGCUCUCGGUCGACAUAUGGCAGCACUUCUUCACACCCCUAGGACACUUCAGGAGCUCCAACAGGUCAAAUCAUCUGAAAGAGGCAUUGCACUACUUCAAAAAAGCAGUUGAUGUGAAUACAGAUAAUCUGCAAGCCCUCCGUAAUUUGCAAAGUGUGAAGAAUCUGUUGGUGGAAAGAUGGCACUUUCGUAUGCUAAAUGACUCUUCACGAAACAAAGCAUACAGAGAUGCAAUCAUUAAAAAAGUCAGUCAGGGCUUUAAUUCUGUUUUGGACAUUGGUACAGGCACAGGUAUUUUGAGCUUAUUUGCUGUUGAAGGCGGGGCAAAAGAAGUCUUUUCAUGUGAUGUCUCUGAGACAAUGAUCAACAUAGCAGAAAAAGUCAUUUCAGCCAACAAUGCAAGUGGCAAAAUCCAUCUGAUAAACAAAAUGUCAAGUGAUAUAAGGAUACCCGAAGAUAUUCCAAACAGGGUCUCUUUGGUGGUGACUGAGAUUGUAGAUGCUGGCUUGGUGGGAGAAGGAAUAUUGCAAACACUUUCACAUGCAUCAUCAUCACUCAUGGCCCCAGGGGCACAAGUGAUACCCUGUGGUGCAUUCUUAAGGGUCGUGGCCAUCUCCAGCCACUACAUUGCAUCCUGUUACCGUGCUUCCAUGAGCUCAAUGGAGCCUAUGCUGAUUGCUGAAGUUGAUGGGCCCUAUGACAGUGAUGACAUAAUGCAUGUACCCAGAGGAACCAGGGUACUGACGGAAGUGGCAUCGGCCUUGGACAUUGACUUCAUGAACCGAGAACAAUUAAGAAAAUUAACACAGUGUGACAGUGUGUUUUCAUGUACUGCAAAGUGUGUGGCUGAGGGAAAUAUUGAUGCUGCUGCUGUUUGGUUUGAACUUCAUUUGGAUGAUGACAUUGUAUUGUCAUCAGCUCCAGGCAGUAAUAGCUGCUGGGAACAGGCAAUAUUCCCUGUCAAGAGACCUUUGCACAUUUCCCCCAACCAAAUGUUAAACUUUGAGGUCAAGCUUUCUGGAAGAAAACUGUGUGUUGACAUCAGCGUAAUUGAUGAAAUUGAGGUCAUACAAUCAAACAAAACUCAGGAAUUGGAGCACAAUCUAUCAGUGCAACAAGAAGAUCCACAGACAUCAACUUCUGAAAUUCAUGAAAUGUUAAAUGCAGUGCAGUUACAGCAUGAUGGGAACAUAUAUGUUUCACAAGAGCUUGUGAAGAGCCUUAAUGAUUCUCACUGGAUAAGUGCAGUGAGAAAUGUGUGCAAGAUGACUGAAGUGGUUUGCAGCCAAAAAGUACUAGAUAUGUCACAUUUUCCUAUGUUGGGUCUGAGUUUACUUGAAGAACAAAAAGAUAAUCCAUCUAACAAAGACAGCAGUCUGGUUUGUAUAACACAAAUACCUGGUGAUGAAUUAGCAAUUAGGACAUGGGCAAAAAUUCAUGGAAUAAACAAUUCUCUCAUAAAAUGCAUACGUGAACAUGAGAUCAGUGAUUUAGAGUCAAGUGGACAAACAUUUGAUCUCAUUAUGACUCAACCCUUUGAAACAACUGGUGAGCUGAGAGAGAAAACAUUUAAUUCACUGAGCACAAUCAGGAAACUUUUGAAGAGAGAAGGCAUUCUGUUACCUAAGUCUAUUUCUGUAGACUGUAAGUUAGUACAGUCUGAAUGGAUUAAAAAGGUAUCAGGAGUAUGUGAUAUCAGUUGCACAUGUGGGUAUGAUAUCGCUGAUUUCAUCAAUGAGUACCAGGUAUUUCAACAUCUUGACUUCAAUCUGGACACAACUGAAAUGCAGGAUUUAAGUGAAAUAGCCACAGUGUUGGAGAUGACUCUCAUUGACAAUCUGGAUGGCCUUAUUACCAAGGAUUUAACUGUUCCAGUUGUUGCAUCAGGCUGUGUAAAUGCUAUACCAUACUGGUUCAGAAUACAGUUUCUCCCAGGUGGAGCAGAAUUUUCAACACUACAUAUAGGUUCUUUUGUGAAGCAAGCUGCUGUUUUGGUAGAACCGGAAUUGUGUGUAGUAAAGAACCAGAAGGUCCAUUUGACAGUGAAACAGUUUCAGAGCAUAUUACAUAUAGAGCUUGAAGAACAGUGAAAUGAAAAUAAAUAUCUUCAAUUUUUUGUAAAUUAUUAUCUAUGGUAAAGACAUUAAUCAGUAAACAUGCCUCAUAAAGCUCUUAUGCAAUUGGAGAUAGUAAGGAUCAGUAAACCAAAGGCAGAGAGGAAACCAUGCUAACCGAAUACUGCUAUACUUGUGCCAACCCAAAAACUCAAAAUAUGUUCAGUAGAAGCAGGAGGCAAACAGAUAAAUAAAUUGAACAAGACAGUUAGAAAUUAGUAAGUAUUACCAUCUAAGGUAGUCCUGAAUAAAUUUAUCAUACUUAUACAAUUCCAGUUGCUGCCACGUGUUCCGUAUGGGAUACAAUAAUAAUAAUUAGUACCACAUCAGUGCCUCACAAAAGGAAUGCUAGGUUCAAUGAUCUGUUAACAUUCCAAAGUGCAACAAUAAUACUUCCAUCAAUUGACAAUUGUAGCAAAAUAGUUUCAUAAUAUCAACAUUUAAAUAUAUGCAUUAAACAUAAGAUGGUGUACAAUAAAGUAUUUUACUGUCUCAAAUAACAGUAAAAUAUGACAACAAAAAC